AUGAGGUUCCAGCUCAUAGUCACAAACCACCCGACGGCCGAAAUAGCCCGUCCGUCAGUGUUUGUGACCGACUCAGUGACCGGCAAACGGCAUAUCAUAGGCCAAGUGCCCGAAGGUCUACAGAGGCAAUGCAAUCAAAUGGGCUUCAGAACCUCCAGAAUGGACACCAUCUUCCUCACGGGCAUUACUGAUUGGGCCGCAGUCAGCGGACUGCCUGGGUUUAUUCUCACUGUUGGAGAUCAAGGGCUAAAAGAGCUCCAAGUGGUCCACAGUGGAAACAAAAUUCUUCAGUACGUGGUUGCAUCUUGGAGGUAUUUCGUCUUCCGCUUUGGACUGAAGCUGAGGGUCGACGAUUUAGAUGUAUACAAAGCUGACGCAUACCAAGUCAAAGCAGUGAAUAUUAAAUCUGCAACCCAAACACGCACGAAGACUAGCAAAGCAUUCGAACGGGUAUCUGAUUUGGUGCAGUACAUAUUUCUCAUCAAGACAGGAAUGGGCAACAGUGGACGCGCUCUGAUGAAUAUUGAGAUACCGUCCGAUGUCCACAACCCUAAAGUCUCUGCAAAUUACAUCAUGACGGGGAACCCUAUCCGCGGAAGGUUUUUGGUUGAAAAAGCCAAAGAGCUGGGAUGUCCUAAACAAAAAUACAGGGACCUGUGCAAUUUCCAAAGCGUGUGGCUCGAGGACGGAACUGAAAUCAAGCCCGAACAGGUUCUGGAGCCCAUGAAGACGUUCGAUAGUAUUUUAUUCCUUGACAUUCCUGGUCCUGAGUAUCUGCACAACACUAUAGAGCAUGACUGGAAGAGCGAGCUCGAAGAAAAAAAAUACUCAGCAGUUUACCACUUCGUUGAUGAGUCGGUAGUCAACGUGCUGGAUCUUCCAGAAUACCAGAAAUUCAUCAAAUCGUUCGGUCCCGACACCUACCACUUCGUCUCUCACAGACAGUACGUUCCUGACACACUAAACUUCCUGUCUUCGUACGUGACGUCUUUGAAAUGGCAUGUUUUGCUUCCAGAUCUGUUUCCUCUUUUCAGAUGGAGUGAACAGCCAGAAAAGCAUAUACCAGAAGGUUUACCCAACGUGCGGCCGAUGCUGUGCGGCCAAAUUGUCGGCUUUGGGCCUGACGAGACCUCAAUUGUCAGAGCCAGCAGCUGCACCAGCACAGAAGAAGUAGUCAAGACUUUGCGGGAUGCCUAUGCAGAAGAUAUAGCUCCCUUGCAGCUUCCAAGCUUUGUUACUGAGGAAGAGUUUGUCAAGCUAGCCACCACUCCUGCAAAUAAUAAUCUGAAACAGGUUCCCGACAAUUCUCGGCCUUUGAAGGAACAAGUUGAAACUCUAGUUUUGGGGACGGGCUCGGCGCUGCCGUCUAAGCUCAGAAAUGUGAUAUCGAAUGCUGUGAGAGUGCCAACCGAGUCUGGCUACCGAACCAUUUUCCUGGACGCUGGCGAGAACACCCUGGGCAGCAUCAACAAGCUGUACUCGCGGGAGGACGUUACGAUGCUUUUCAGAGAACUGAAGCUGGUGUACUUGUCGCAUCUGCACGCUGAUCACCACAUCGGGAUCGUCUCACUACUGCAGAAAUGGUGCCAGGUAAGAAGCAAGCACGACAAGCUGUAUGUCGUGGCUCCCUGGCAGUACGAAAAAUUCCUCACAGAGCUACAGCGGAUCGACAGCACGCUGGACCUGGCGAACGUCGUGUACUUGAGUUGCGACCAGUUCAACUCCGGCAAGGUUUUGCCCGAGUUCGAACAGAUACCUAUCGAAGAUAUUCCCAAGAAUGAGACUCUCAAGGUGAGAGGCACGCAAAAAGAGCCGAAAAAAGAUCUCCAGCUACAGAGCCAGCUGUACAGGGACGUCGGUUUGAACUCCAUUAAGACGUGCUACGCGCUCCAUUGCGAAUACUCGUACAGUUGUAUGCUGGACUUUGCGGUCGGCUCAGAGUCGUUCAAAGUUGCGUACUCCGGAGAUACAAGGCCGCGACAGAGUUUCGCGAAAAUCGGCUAUGAUUGCGAUCUGCUGGUGCACGAGUCUACUUUGGAGGACGACAAGUACCAAGACGCAAUCGAGAAGAGACACAGCACGACGUCGGAGGCCGUGCAGAUGGGCAUUCUGAUGAAGACCAAAAAGCUGCUACUGACGCAUUUCAGCCAGCGGUACCGCUAUUGUUCGAGUGCUACCAAGGUGUACGAGAAGCUGCAGAAUCCACUGCAUAGCAACAGUGAGAUAGACAGGGUCUCGUCGAUUUUCAAGGUGCCCCUGACCGCCGAUAUGAUCGAUAAUGCACCCCGGAUUGAGGCGAUAAUUGCGUUCGACAACAUGCAUGUUCCGAUGGACAAGUUUGGGCUCCAGAAAAAGGUUUUCCAAACUCUGGGAAACAAGCUCGAACGGCUGUUCAACUCUGAUGCCGAAGAGGAUAUGCAAGAGGAAAAACCGCAAAACAACAAAAAACGCAGAGCUACUUAG